ACUCUCUCUCCCUCCCUCCCUCCCUCCCCUCACUCCCUCCCUGAUGUCCUAGCUCCCGCUGUCUCAGCCCCUGACGAAUCCAACUCCACUGACACGACCGGGCAAAACGCAGCAUCAACGGAUUGUCAUUACAUAUUUUAUGGUUGCAUCCGCUGUCAAUUCUUUGUGUCGAGACUAGUGUUACUACUAGCGCCAGCAAUUGCUUUUGCCGUGCGUACCUCUUGCAUGCACUGCAGGCCUGGUGUGGAUUCUGCUGCAGAGUGGCGCGCUGACGUCAACAAAUGGCUCGAGCGGUUUGGUUUUAACCGGAGUGGAAAAAAAAAACGGGGGGACGCCAGAGAGGGCCCUUGCUCGCCAGAUCAAAAGACCACAGACAAAAAGACAACAACCCAGUGAACUGGCAUCGCAGAGAGGUGCAUCCACAAUGUCUGCACAAUGCCUGAGCCCGCUCUAGACCCUUCCUGGAGGACCCCGGCUGCCAACCGGCCAUCCGCAGCCCGCCAGCAGCUCCCCGUAGCCCCCCGCUGCCCUCAGUUCACCAUGAGAGGGCCCGCCUGGCGCGCCCACAUGGUACCCUCGUACCGGCGCUGUCGCCGGGCCGCGUGAGAGGUACUGCCCUGCCUCCCCCUCCCGACCACGCAAGGCAUGGCCUCGCUGGACCUGCCCUACCGCUGUCCUCGCUGCGGGGAGCACAAGCGCUUCCGGAGCCUGUCGUCGCUGCGCGCCCACCUGGAGUACAACCACACGUACGAGACUCUGUACGUCCUCUCCAAGUCCAACAGCGUGUGCGACGCGGCCGCCCUGCUGCCGCUGGUGGCCGAGGGCGCCCUCCUCACGCCCGCCAACAACAACGACCCCUUUGAACUGCGGGCCUCGGGCUUCAAGGAGCGGCCGUUCAGGGAGCUCCACGGGCCGGACGAGCUGGGCCUGGUGCCCGGCAACUCCAACGCCGCCGCCCGCUACGUACCCAACCUGGAGUUCCCCCUCGGGGACAUCUUCGUCAAGAAGGCCAUGACGUCCUCGGACCAGGGUUCCCAUGGAAACCCCGGCACGGCGGUGGCGGUGGCUGCCAACGUCGCGGCCAGCGCGGUGGAGGCGGCCUACGAGGAGGGCCUGGCCAGGCUGAAGGCGCGGGCGUUUGAGCGGCUGGACCUGGACGAGAGGCUGGAGAAGCUGUCUGAGGAGGUGGAGCAGAAGAUAGCGGCUCGCGUGGGCCGGCUCCAGGCGGAGCUGGAGAGGAAGAGCUCCGAGCUGGAGCGGGCCAAGCACGAGAGCCAGCAGCUGAGCCAGGAGAAGACGGACCUGGAGGACAAGGCCUCGGAGCUGUCCCGCCAGGUGGACGUCUCUGUGGAGAUGCUGGCCAACCUGAAGCAGGACCUGGUCAGCAAGGAGGAGGAGCUGAACCACAAACAGCAGGAGGUGGCCCAGAUCGACCAGUUCCUGCAGGAGACGGCCGCACGCGAGGCCAACGCCAAGGUGCGCCUGCAGCAGUUCAUCGAGGAGCUGCUGGACCGCGCCGACCGCGCCGAGAAGCAGCUGCAGAUCAUCAGCAGCUGCGGAAGCACGCCCAACGGCAGCCUGGGCCGCUGCAGCUUCCAGGGGUCAAAGGGCAACGGACGGCAGAGGAACUCCAGCAUGUCCGGGAGCACCAGAGGCAUGUACCAGGUAUCAGACAGACGCUCGUCACCUAGCACCGGGGUGUCGGGCCGGGUGAAGUCUGUGUCCCAGGGCUCGGGGGGCUACGACAGUGACAGUGUGGAGAUGCACCCCAUGGAUGAGUGUCCCGAGUCCCAGUACUACCACGUCCAGUGUCGCAUGGGGGAGGGCGGCUAUGAGCGCUCCCCUGGUUGUGGAGGAGGUGGAGGGGGUGGAGGGGGAGGGGGAGGAGGAGGAGGAGGAGGUGGUGGAGGUGGAGGAGGGGUAGGCUCGAGGAGCUGGGGUCUCCGUAAGCAGGCCAUCCAGAACUGGCAGCGGCGGCCGUACCGCAACAGCACAGAGGGCGAGGAGGGGGACGUGUCGGACGUGGGCUCCAGGACCACCGAGUCGGAGGAGACGUGGGAGCAGGACCGUGGCCGGGCCGUGGCCGAGGUGCAGCAGUCAGCCGCCCCCCACCCGCACCACCGACGGUACCGCCACAGCUCAGGGCGGUCGGAAGGCGGCUACAACCGGCCCUGCCGCCACGAGAGGAGCCCCGGCAAGUCCAACGAGGUGAUCAGCCCGGAGAUCCUGAAGAUGCGGGCGGCCCUCUUCUGCAUCUUCACCUACCUGGACACCAAGACCCUGCUGCAGGCCGCCGAGGUGUGCCGCGACUGGAGGUUCGUGGCGCGCCACCCGGCGGUGUGGACCCGCGUGCUGCUGGAGAACACCCGCAUCUCUUCAAAGUUCCUAGGCACCCUGUCCCAGUGGUGCACACAGACCCACUCUCUGAUCCUGCAAAACCUCAAGCCCAGACCCAGGGGCAAGAAGGAGACCAAGGAGGAGUACCUGAAAAGCACACGAGGCAGUCUGGAGGACGGCCUGGAGGCCCUGCUCAAGGCCACAGGCAGCAACCUGCUGAUCCUGAAGGUGUCUCACUGUCCCAACCUGCUGACCGACCGCUCCCUCUGGCUGGCCAGCUGCUACUGCAGAGCCCUGCAGGCUGUCACCUACAGGAGUGCCACCGACCCGGUGGGUCAGGAGGUGAUCUGGGCUUUGGGAGCCGGCUGCAGAGACAUCAUCUCCCUGCAGGUGGCGCCACUACACCCAUGCCAACAGCCGGCUCGCUUCAGCAACCGAUGUCUUCAGACCAUAGGACGGUGCUGGCCUCACCUCCGGGCUCUGGGCGUUGGCGGGGCCGGGUGUGGCAUCCAGGGCCUGGCCUCUCUGGCCAGGAACUGCAUGCGUCUGCAGGUGCUGGAGCUGGACCACGUCAGUGAGAUCAACCAGGAGGUGGCUGCCGAGGUCUGCAGGGAGGGCCUCAAGGGCCUGGAGAUGCUGGUCCUCACCUCCACGCCGGUCACGCCAAAGGCCCUACUGCACUUCAACAGCGUGUGUCGUAACCUCAAGUCCAUCGUGGUCCAGAUCGGCAUCGAAGACUACUUUGAAGAUCCCAACAGCCCUGAGGCCAGGAAGCUGUUUGAUGAGAUGGUGAACAAGCUGCAGGCCCUGAAGAAGAGACCGGGCUUCUCCAAGAUUCUCCACGUUAAGGCAGACAGCCUAUGCUAACACCUCCAGCUUCCCCUACAGGAAGGCAGUCAGCCUACGCCAACACCACUAGCGCCGCUGCAGGAGGGCAGACGGCCUACGCUCAUACCCUUUAGCUCAGCUACGGGUCUCCACAAGGGACAAGCUUUGCUCCUUCUCCUCCUCGACCCCCAGAUACACUCGUUGAGCCCGAGCCAAUGAAGCUCAAUCAUCUCUCUAAAGAAAAGAUCAUCCAGAAACAACAGUGACCACAGACAAAAUAAAAACUGAGAAACCAAACCAACAAAAAAAAGCUAUCGCGCUAGCAACAGAAGACAGCACAGCCAGGGCCAACCGCGAGUCACGAACAUUUUGGACAACAAACUGGAAUCUGCCCUUCCCUCUUGGAAAAUUCCGGCCUUUGUAGAAGUAUUAGUCGCCAGGCUUAAGAACCACAGGUGUUUCCACACCGCACCCAACCAAGACUUUCAGAAGAAACCAAGUUCAAUUCUAGCAUGACUCUUACCGAGUCAUCAACUGGUUUCACAGACGCAUAACAACAGAGCAAGACUCAACAUCUGGCAACGAGGCUUUGUGAUUUCCCAAGAGAAACUAUUGAGUCAAUGUCAUCAUAACGCAACAAGGCGUUAUCCUCGCGUGUUUGUCAGUAUGAUUGCCGAUUUUGUUUGGAUUGAUUGAUAGUCGGUGUACCUCAAGUUCACCAAAUUAAUAGCCAGAUGAUCAAAAUUACCCGGCCUGUGCCACACCUGGUUCAUUACAACAAGUAUAGACAACUUUCGAUAGGAUGAACAGCUUCUGAAGCCGCUUCUGAAGCUACUUCUGAGGCACGGCGUGAGGAGCCAGGUUGAGCUUCCAGCACACUGACCGUCUUUAUCCACAGCCCCUGUCGUCGCUGCAUGGAAUGGUUGCUAUGGUAGCAAUACAUUUUUUUUUUUCUUCUUCAGCUGCCAAUGUGUUCUGCUUUGCAUAUGUGUGGAGGUUUAUUCUUUAUUAGAUCAGAAACCAUCACCAUACAGCGCCCCUUCACACACUGACUACCGCGUAGCAAGGAAAACAUGAGCGUACGCCUGUGACGUUAAAGAUGAGAAAGAUCCAAAGAAUAAAUAGGUUGACACAAAAGGCGUUGGUUAAACCAUUGAUGGACCUGCUAUGUUAUUCUGAAAAGGUUUGGGUGUAGAUGUAUAGUUCCUUCCCCCCUCCCCCCGCACCCCCACUGCGUUCAUUCAUCUGUCCUAGCUUUUCUGUUUUGAUGGUUUUUUGUCCUCUGAUAUGAUCAAAUAUGCAGUAUGUGAUAUCCUUGGAGCAGGGCUGCAAAUCACAUCAACGGCGCCCUUCACUGCGGUGGCAAUACGCUCAUUUGCUGUGUUUUCUCCAGUGUGCUAUUCAAGUGAAAUGAACGGCAAUGUAAUGAAAGGCAUAGAGCAGAAACUAGUGGAAAACCAACAACAACAGUGUACUCGUUAUCGAACCCAUUUUAUAAUGAGCAUCAAGAGGUCGCCCCUUCUUGUAUUAUACUGUAUCACUAUAUACGCCAUGCUGUUGUUCUACACUCUUACGGUGCCAUCCUCACAGUGCUUUUUUUUUUUAUGUGUGAGAGAAAGUGGUCUGUGAACAUCCUCCAGUGCCAUCUAAUGGAGGUGUGUGUUAAUGACCUACAUUGGCUCGUGGCACUGGGAGCUGGCCCUCAAGACAGUCCACUUGCAUGGAUAUAAAUGUCAAAUCCAAGCCAUGUGAACUCAUGUAUCUCUAUCGUGACUGCCUAAACCCCAUCAGCAUAGCCUAGCGUAACGUUCUAGCAUUUCAAUGAACGAUUGUAGAUACUAAUUCCAUGACUGGUGACUUGACUAACGGGAUCAAUUCUAAAUCACUUGUUCUUCAAAUAUUAAGUACAAUAUCUUUAUGUACAACGCCUUGUGACGAUUUGUUUACCAGCUCUGGCCUGAAAGCUCAUCUUCGGCCAACUGAAGGCUAAACUCUGGCCAUUCCCCCAAACAUGUCUGGUUAAAGUGUGUAGGAGAAGGUUCUAGAUGCCAACAGAAUAUUGAGUUGAGUGCGCUCCAACGCAUUACUUGUUAGCGUACCAAGUUAAAGUGUGAGGGUGGAUUGGGUCGUUUUGGCUUUCGCCUUUUUAAAGUUUGUAAGGUUGUGGUGUGUGAGUCGUCGAUACAUUUCCAGUACGUUUGAGGUAGAAGAAAAAAGGCACAAUUGUUUUUCGGAAAGGCUUUGACACACUCGGGAAAACACAUUGCACUCGUUUCUUUUCUGGUUUCAGACAAUCUUGCCUUCGCUACGACAUAAAACUGUACAUAAGUGGUUAGUUAUGGAAAACUUAAACCUAUGAGGUUUGUAUUAUAUCAAAGUCAUAAAAAUGACCUUUUCCUAGGGAUACAGUUUACAGAUGCAGUCUGUAAGCAGCCUCUUCAAAGUGCAAAGAACAACAAACAAAAUAUAUUAUGUAUUACGGUAGUGUUGACAUUGCAGUUGUGAAUUAUAGAUACUUUAUAUUAAAUGUGCAUCAGAGUCAUAUAGAGAUCGAAAUUAUUUAAGGAAAUGAUAAAGAUAAUAAUUCAGCUAUUUAUUUAUUUAUAUAUAUAGGUAUAUAUAUAUAUAUAUAUGUAUACACAAAAAAAGAAGCAAUGUCUAUAAUGUUGGCAUGUUUGUGUUUAAGCAUCAAUCAUUGAGUUGCCUUCUUUAAGUGUUCUGCUGUCGAUGCCAGAGAAAUGAUUAGAUGUUUAAAAGCUUUGAUUGCUUGCAGGUUAACCCCAUACGUCUUUCUUUAAUCAAGUCUAUUGUUGCACUAGUGAGAGAAAAAAAAAGAAUAUCAGAUGUUUAUUAUUAGAGUGUUGUUUUAAUGUUCAGAUAUAUCUCGGUAUUUUGACAUAAUGUGAUGCACUUUUUUUUUUUCUAGAGCCUUCUAUUGUCCAUCGCUUGUUAUCGCCAGUAUACCUCGGUGAUUUCUGUUUACAACGCGCCUUGUUAUCUCGUCUAUUAUGUGGACGGGCCAGCGUGUUACGUCAUGAUCAGACUGAAUUGAAAGUGAACGCCACGAGUGGAUGAUAUGCACCAUGUACAGAUAAGCGUUGGUUUAUAAUGACGAAUAUGUGCGUGUAUUCUUGAUGCAAAUCUGCUCCAUUCCUCCGUCUCGGUCUUAUCGCCCAUCGCUCGGGACGAUCCGAUUCGAACCUCCGCCAACCGUUGCAUUCAAGUGCUUUCAUUAUUUGGGGGUUUAUUGCCAGAAUGACCUUAUGCUGAUCUCUUCUCGUGACAUACUUUUUUAUUUUUGUGCAAGAUUCACCAAAUCAUUGUGUUCCCUUUUUUAUAUGCAUAUUUUUUAAAUUGAUCAUUUACUUUGCGAGUUGAUUCAGAGCUUCGUUUAACAAACGCGUUCUUGUUUUGUAAUUGCAGUAUCUUCCAUCGUUAUCAUGUUAUUGUCUCUUUCAUUACAUACCUCUCUUAAUAUACUUCCUGUAUGAACGAUUGUACUCUGCCCGUUUUCUGACAUACUGUAUUUCACACAUUACCUCAACACUUGUCUGGGCACACAAGUGUGCACUUUUCUUUCUUAUUCAUUCAUCUAAAAUGCAUUCUAUUCGACUGACUUUGUUCACUCUUAUGAAACACAAUGCUUUACUGUUCCCGUAGAGAAGCGGCGUUUUGAGAAACUGCAAUAGGAAAAAAAGAUUUGACUAUUCCUCUUCAUCCAUUCCUUGUCAUCAAUAAAAGUGCUAAAUUACA